UGCACUGCACAAAGUGUGGUGACGAAGAAGAAGACUUGUGUGCAGGCUGCUGGUGACAGGCGAGUAACCAGUAACCAGUAACCAGUAACCAGUAACCAGUAACGCUCCCCUCAACAACUAACCAGACGUUACAUAUUAGCUUCAUGGCGACUCUUUUCAUUGUGCCAAAUAUUUGGGACGUAUAACCGCUCCGUUAUUUGGUGUCAGUCAGGUCAAGUGGUGACACUUGGAGUUAGUUAUUCGGUAACGUUGACUUGAAAGACCUCAGUCAGGAUAGUAUUAAAGAUGGGUGACAUCAAGCCGUCGACGUCUCAUGCUUUCCAGUCGGAGGGUUUCAAUCCGCCUUACAGGAAGAGAAAGAGGACAGUGGAAGAUUUUAACCAGUUUUGCACAUUUGUCCUGGCAUAUGCUGGUUACAUCCCAUACCCCCAAGAGAACUCUUCCCUGCGCAGUACGUCGAGCCCCCCCAACAGCACUGGAAGCACAGUUGACAGUGACGGCUGGACCCCGGGCCCUUCAGCGUUUUGUCCCCAACGCCCCCUCGCGGACCCCCUGGAGAGGAGCAGGAAGCGUCCAAAGCUGGGCGUCACACUGUCCAGUCCCACCAGAAAAGAUCACACUUUCCCCAGCCUGCAUCCAGACGAGCGCAGGAACCGCGAGAAGCUGAAGAAGAAGAAGAGGAGGAAGGAGAGAGAGCUUCAGAGUGAUGAGGAACAGGAGCAGUCUCACUUGACCGUCACAGGGCUGCAGACUCCCUUCUCCUUCAAAGGCUUGCCUAUAAAAGAGGAGCCGGACGACGACAUCAGCAUUUCCCUUCACCCUCCGCACACAUCAGCUCCUUGCGAAGAGGAGUCCACAGAAAGACCACCUGAGAUGGAGCAGGUGUGGGAGAAGGUCAAGGAGCAGAAAGUGAGCAGCCUCUCUGCCAACAGAACAGUGUUUCGUCAGGGCAAGCAGGUGGUGUUCCGUGAUGAAGAUGGCUCAGGAGAGGAUGAGGACAUCAUGGUGGACUCGGACGACGACUCGUGGGACCUGGUGACGUGUUUCUGCAUGAAGCCCUUCGCCGGCCGGGCCAUGAUCGAGUGCAACAAGUGCAACACCUGGAUCCACCUGUCCUGCGCCAAGAUCCGCAAGAGCCACGUACCGGAAACGUACGUGUGCCAGAGCUGCCGGGAGAGCCAUGCCACCCUGGACGCCCGCCGCUCCCACCGCUCUCGCUUCGGUCCACGGAAGCACCUGCUAGAGUGACCUGGCAACCUCACUAUUUUACCUGUUCACCUGCAGACUCAAUCCCAGUCUGCCACAUGGCGUACUUCUACUGGCUCUCACCGACACUGCAAGUGCAUGCUGGGAAGUGUGGGUGUGCACUGGUUAAAGCAGGCCGGUGACAGGUGUGUUCACCUGAAAGUGCACAAGUGGCUGUUUGGAUGGAGCCAGCCAGGCUUUGACGCAGCUUCAGUAUUAAGAUGACACUUGAAGUCAGUGCAGGACAAGAAGUCUUCCUACCUUGUCCACACAAUACUUCUUUGUAGCGUUUACUUCCACACACCAAUAUAUUGAUACAAUUCUUCUUUGACUUCA